UGCAGGCUGCUGGGACACUGUGAGUGUGUCAUGGCUGCACAGCCCAGCUGGGCUGGGGUGAGGGAGGGCUUAGCCAUCCCAUGGCAGCACAAUGGCUCUUGGAGGGCUAAUAGGGACCUUGGCAAGCUUCCUGACAGAAAUGCUAAGAUCCUUGCAGCCCUCUGCAUAGAGCAGGGCUUCUAAGAGUGCCUUCACCGGUGGCCCUGCCCCCCUGAACCAUACCAUGAUGGCCCUGAGGUUUUUCCCCUUCACCAGGUGCUGCUCUGCUUCACUGAGCCAUGCCAGUCCCCUCUCCUGGGCAACUCUUGCUGGUCUCAUGCCUCAGUGAGUCCAAUAGAGCCCAAGGACUCUCCUGUUGGGCUGCUGAAGGCAGGCAUGCUGUGUUUGGUGUGGGCCUGAUGCCACCACCUCAGGGCACAGCUGGGACCAUGACCAUGAUUCCCCAUUGGGAUGCCUGCUUGUAGCUGCUGCCCUGCACCCCGUGUGCAUUCACCUCUGUUCCCCAGGGCCGGGCUGUCUUUUGGAGUACUCCAAGGACACGGGUUGUUGUUGUUGCUGAUAAGCAGAAAGGGGCAGCUCCACCCCAGCAGGAACAUGUUGUCAGCUGCCUCCACAUCCGCCCCAGGACACAUCUUCCCUUCUCAGAGAGUUUCACUCCUGGCAGCAGGCUGUGUGCUCCCUGCUGCGGUGGUCCCCAUGAUGCCGCUCUCGUGCAGCGUGCUGCUCCCUGCUGUGCUGGGGCUGGGAGCCCUGCUGGCCUGGGGGCUGCCCCUGCCCUGCUCCCUGCCUUGCCAGUGCUACGGCCUCGCCAGCGUCUUCUGCUCAGAGGAGAGGAUGAGGGAGAUCCCGGAGGGCCUGCCUGGCAAUGCCACACAGCUCUUCUUUGUGGAGACAGCCCUGAGCCGCAUCCGGAGCGGUGUGCUGGGCCCCAGCACCGUCCUCACCAAACUGGUGUUCAUCAACAACCGCAUACAGGAGCUGGAGCCUGGUGCCUUCCGUGGGCUGCCUGGCCUUGCUGAGCUGGAGCUGUCGGGCAACCCACUGCAAUCCAUCCACCCAGAGCUGUUGAAGGGGCUGCCCAGCCUCACUGUACUGUCCCUCAGCUCCAACGCCCUCCACUCACUGCACCCAGAACUCUUCACUGCUGUGGGCAGCCUGCAGGACCUACGCCUGCGGGGAAAUAGGAUCGAGGCACUGCCUCACGACAUCUUCCACCCGCUGCAACGCCUCCAGGCCUUGGACCUCUCUCAGAACGUGCUGGCUGAGCUGCCCGAGGGGCUGCUGGCCCCUCUCACUGCUCUGCGCAUCCUGAAGCUGAGCGACAACAUGCUGGCACGGCUGCCACCCCGCGCCUUUGUAACACUAAUCCACUUGGCUGAGCUGCACCUGGAUGGCAACCAGCUGGCAAAGCUGCCACCUGGUGCCUUCACUGGGCUGGUGGGGCUGCGGCGGCUGCAGCUGCAGCACAACACCUUGGGCAGCCUGGCCCCUGACACCUUCCCUGGCCUUACCAACCUCACCUCCCUCAGCCUGGAGGGGAACCGCCUUACCCAGCUGCCUGCCACCCUCCUCCAGGGCACCCCGUCCCUCCUGCACCUCUCACUGGCCCGCAACCGCCUGCAGACGCUGCCCAGGGGCCUUUUUGCCAACCUGUCAGCGCUGCAGAGCCUGGUGCUGCAGCACAAUGCCCUGUCCCACCUUCCCACUGCAGCCUUUCAUGGGCUGACAGAGCUGACAGCACUGCAGCUGGGACACAACAACCUCUCCACACUGCCUCCUGGGCUGCUGGGUGAGCUGCCCCGCCUGACAUCACUGGGACUUGAGCACAACCGCCUGUCCCACCUGCCCACGGGCUUCUUCGAUGCCAAUGAGGAGCUGGUGCGUGUGGGGCUGGAGAGCAACCCCUGGGUGUGUGACUGCCGCCUCGCCUACCUGCUGAGCUGGCUGCAGGUGUUUGCCGAGCCCCUAAUCCACCUGCAGGCCUCCUGCACUGGCCCUGCUGCCCUCGAGGGACGGCCCCUCCUGGAGGUGACCCUCCAGCCGCAGGUGUGUGCUCGCCAGCAGGGCUGGGACGCAGCACCUGGGGAGGACACACCAGGGCAAUGCACCUACAGCGACCCUGAGGGCACCCUGCAUGUAUCCUGCAACGCCACGAGCUGCCAGCAGCUCAGCCUUCGCCUCCCUCCUCCUCCUCGUGGGGAGGCAGCGCGGCUGGGGCCCGAGCACCAGGGUGACUGGGUGCUGCGCUCCUCCUGCGGCACGCUGCGGGUCAGCGUCCUGGUCACGGCGUGGGAUGGAGAGAAGGACGUGUCACCUGGUGUCCCUGCUGCGCCCUAGGGCACGGCACUCUGCUCAGCGGGACGGUGCAGCCACUUCAGGCAGGGGAAUGACGACGUGUUCUGCUUUGAUAUCCCCACCGUGGUCACCAGCCCCAGGGGCGGCACUGCCGGUAUUUAUUCACCCAGCCACGCGCUCCCCGUGUAUUUCAAAUAUCAUUAAAAAGUAGAUAUUAAUUAA